AUGGCAACGGAGGACAUGGAGGUCAUAGAAAGCAGGGGGGCAGGAGAAAGCUUUCCCACCUUCUCCAAGUUGGCACCUGGUGACUCCAUGUCCGAAGGGAAACCAAAGGCUGCUUUGGAUCCAGAGCCCCCAAAGCCAGACUCGUCCUACCUAGAAGAGAUUGAGACCUGCGAGAACAGAAGCUGCCCAGGGACCCCAAAGUCACUGUCCUCCAAGGCUGGCCACACCACCAAAGGUCAAGCUGGUGACGGGCCCCAGCUGGAACCCACGGAGCUGCCCCCACCAACCUCAGGGACGGACCACCCCAACUCGCUGGAGCUGGAGAAGGCCCGCAUGGAGUUUGAGCUGACGCGCCUGAAGUACAUGCACCAGGAGAAUGAGCGGCAGAGGCAACACGAGGUGGUGAUGGAGCAGCUGACGCAACAGGCCCCACUCCGCCAGUUCUCGGGAGGCCUCCAGGACCUCUUGCUUCCCCAGAACCAGUUUGCCAUGUUUCUGUAUUGCUUCAUCCUUACUCACGUCAUCUAUGUCGGCAAGGAGAUGGUCUUCUUUCUGUUCUCCAAGCACUACCUUUUCUGCCUCGCAGCCAUUCUCUUGUACCUGAUUAAAACGCUGUGGUCCUACUUCCCAGUGCCUUUGCUUCCUCUACGACCCGGGAUCCCGCGUACUAUUUUGGGGGUAUGA